UCAACGGCACGUCGCCCGACCACGCUCUACAAAGACUCGCUGCUACAGCUACAGCUCAGAGUCGGCAGUCAGCACGACUAGCAACGCCAUCGAUCUCGUAGUCGUCCCAUCCCAUCCCAUCCCAUCCCAUCCCAGAUCAGAUCCGCAUCGCAGCUCAGCUGUAACAUCCCGCGGCGAUUAUGAAUAUCUUCCGCUUCUUUGGGGAUCUGUCCCACCUCGUUUCCAUCUUCAUCCUCAUCCAUAAGAUUCAGACAUCACGGUCAGCGAGGGGCAUUUCCUUCAAGACGCAAAUCCUCUACUCCGUCGUCUUCAUCAGUCGCUACCUCAAUGUCUUUACUGAGGACUCACUCUAUCGAUUCAUCAUGAAGGUCUUCUUCAUUGGGUCAAGUCUAUACAUUGUGUAUCUGAUGAAGGUCAAGUUCAGGCCGACUCACGACCCAGCAAUCGAUACAAUCCGUCUCGAGUACCUCUUGGGACCAUGCUUCGUUCUCGCCCUUCUCUUCAAUUAUGGCUUCAAUCCAGUCGAGAUCCUCUGGUCGUUCUCCAUCUUCCUCGAGUCCGUCGCCAUCCUCCCUCAGCUCUUCAUGCUGCAGCGAACAGGAGAGGCAGAGACCAUUACCACACAUUACCUCUUCGCCCUCGGAGCUUACAGGGCGCUGUACAUCCCGAAUUGGAUUUACAGGUAUCUGAGCGAGCACUUCGUCGACCCGAUCUCUAUCGUGGCAGGGCUGGUGCAGACGGGUCUGUAUGCCGACUUCUUCUGGAUCUACUUCAACAAGGUGAUGAAGGGCGAGAAAUUUACCCUGCCGGCGUAGAAGGCUCAGGGUUGGGCCCAGGAAAGCAGAAUGUAUCGCUUGACGCGGACAACAAUGGAACAGGGCCUGAGCGUGGGCGGUGGAGGUGGUAUGGCACACAUAGUCACCACGAGGUACAGGAACAGGGAUAUCAGCGUAUUGCGUUGCCGCUGGAGGAGGGGGGAAAACGAGACGAUCGGCGGCUGCACUGGGGCAGUCAGGUAUCGACAGCGAGC